CCUGCAUAUGCAUCCAACACCAAACACAAAGCACAUGGCAGUCUUUAUUCCAUAAUACUCACUACCUCUACACUUCCUCUCUCACCCUCUCUCUCGCAGACAUUUGCUCUCAACAUGCCGGCCAUGGACUCCUACACCUCCCUCAUCUCCUCCCCCAUGACCUUCGCCCAGCGCAAACAUCUCCUCAAACAACUCCAGUCCCCGGAGGCCAUCUCUAGCCUGCGCCGCCCCGAAAUCCUGAUGGACUUCUUCACCGACAGUCUCGAUAUGGGCGACUUAUCUCUCGCGGUCCCCGCAUUGACGGGCCUCUUCCACCUCAUCACAUCCCGUAAUCUCGACUAUCCAUCCUUCUAUCCGCGCCUCUACGCCCUGCUGGACAAAGACCUCCUACACAGCAAAUACCGCUCUCGCGUCCUGCGACAUCUGGACAUCUUCCUGUCUCCGACAAACCACCUCCCCGCCGCGACCGUGGCCAGCUUCAUAAAACGCCUGUCGCGACUCUGCCUAUUCGCCCCGCCCUCCGCCAUCGUAGCCAUCAUCCCGUUCAUAUACAACCUGCUCAAAACGCAUCCCACCACGACAUUCAUGAUCCACCGAAACCCCUAUCCGCCGUACACAAAGUUCAAGUACAAUCUAGGCAACGACCCAUAUGACCCGACCGAGCCAAAUCCGCAACUCACAGGCGCAAUCGACAGUUCGUUGUGGGAACUGGAAACCUGCCAGAGCCACUACCACCCCACGGUCGCGAGCAUAGCGAGGAUCAUAUCCGAGCAGUUCACGAAGCAGCAGUACAACUUGGAGGACUUUCUGGACCACGGGUAUGCGAGUCUGAUAGAGAGCGAGUUCAAAAAGAGAGACAAAAAGCCGCCGGUCGUGGAGUACAAGAUCCCCAAGAAGAUCUUUUCCGAAGCCAGUGACGACGAGCCAGAGCAUGAAAAGGGGAAUGAUCCAUUGUUGGAUCUGUGGAGUUUCGACGACUGAAAACGAUAUGGAUUGGUUUCGAGAAUUGGGCAUAGGCAAUGAUUACGAGACUUUCGCAACGAGACCAAUGCCGGGGCACGGGAUUAUAGACGGGGAACAUCUUGCAUUGCAUUUUAAGCGGGCGAUUGGCGUUCGGAUGAGAGCCACACACAAUAAACAAGCAUUGCAUGUCAAGGCACGGGUGCUGGAUCGAUUUGGGAAGGAUCCUAGAUGGAUAUGACUUGCCAUUGCCACUUGCGACGUGUCUAACGACAUACCAAAGAGAAGGGACAAGCAAGCAUUUCUGACAAUUCGACAAGGUUCUUCUACUUUUAUACUACUGGCGUUGGGGCACGAUAGGCGCGACACGCACAUCCGCAUGGAUAUGCACAUGUCUCGAGGUGUCAAGGUCGCUGCCGUCAAGAUCAGGCCGCAUUUUCAACAAAAUAGAGAUGGAAGAUAGAGUGGAAAGGAGGACUUUGAUACCCGAGUUAGAAAGGCUUUUCCACCGUGUGAAUCGAACCAGCCUAGAUAGAUUUGCAUUGGGACAGAAAUCAACUAGAGACGGCAAACACAACAAGGUACAGUACUUGAGACCAAACAAGUUGAGGAGCAACCAGACUGGAGGUGAACGAACAUGUCUGAUGGUCCCUGUCAAUCCUUGGACUCCUCGUCA